UUUUUUUUUUUGUCACUAGUAACCACUUAUGUAUCAGAAAUUCAAAACAAAUACGUUUGCUUUUAAUCGUUUUGUAAAUUAUCAAAAUUAUUUUGGAUAUGAAUUUAUGCUUGCAUCACUAAGUCUAAUGGUUUUGUAUUCUCAUUACAUUAAAAUUAUUCUUAAUUUAAAUUAUUUUUAAUUUAAAUGUUAAUCGGGGAUCUCCGUUACCCCCAUUGGGAUACCCGCAGAACCGAUAGUGUUUGAUAAAUGGGUACCCGUUAAAAAUCGGAGCAGUGAUAUGAUCGAUUUUCAUAUUCGGGGACAAGGCUGGGAUUACCAAAACCCGUCCCAAACCCGCCCUGUUGUCAUCCUAAACCGUACUAUCAACUUUCAACGACUUGGACAUGGUGCAUCAACAGUUGUACAUUACUUCCUUGAUUUAACUUCAUCGCAAGUCAUAGAAAUCCAAAUGUAAGAAGUGAUGACUCAUGACAUGACAAUUGACAUAACAAGUGGCGGGAUUUUAGCAUACAAACGUUUCUACGUUCGAGCGGCGAUCCGAUAGGUACUCUCUCUCUCCUCCGUCACGAGAAACCAGAGAACAUCCUCGCUCUCGCCGUCGUCAUCACCAUCAUCAUCAUCAAUGCCUCUGUAAACUUUCCUUUAUUGCACCUCGGAAAAUCUCAAGAUUGAUUUUGUUACAUAUUGCAUCGGUUAAUAUGUAUAAUCAAUGUUGAUUCUGUAAUUUUCGGUGCUUGUACGUAGAAUUGAUCUUCAAGGUCUCGUUCUUAUUUUUUGUUUGAUCAGGAAUUGAUUGAUUGAAAUGGACAAGAAGAAAUACCCGAUCGGAGCGGAGCACUAUGUGCUGUAUGAGGAGAUUGGGCAAGGUGGUAACGCCUAUGUUUACAGGGCCAAGUGUCUCGACAACAAUGAGGUUGUGGCUAUCAAAGUUCUCGAUUUUGAACAAGGAAACUGCGAUUUGAACAACGUGUCACGGGAGUCUCAGAUAAUGAUGCUGGUUGAUCAUCCAAAUGUUCUUAAAUCACACUGCUCCUUUGUAAAUGACCAUAACUUAUGGGUUGUUAUGCCUUUUAUGGCUGGUGGCUCUUGUCUUCAUAUGUUGAAGGCUUUUCAUCCUGAGGGUUUUGAAGAAGUUGUUAUUGCAACUAUACUGCGUGAGACAUUAAAGGCAUUGGAGUAUCUUCAUCAUCAUGGCCACAUUCAUCGAGAUGUCAAAGCUGGGAACAUUCUUAUUAGUGACCAAGGUGCAAUCAAGCUGGGUGAUUUUGGUGUUUCAGCUUGCUUAUUUGAUUCAGGUGACAGACAACGUGUUAGGAAUACUUUUGUUGGGACACCAUGCUGGAUGGCCCCUGAGGUUAUGGAGCAAUUACAUGGAUACGACUUCAAGGCUGAUAUAUGGUCUUUUGGUAUAACAGCUCUGGAGCUUGCUCAUGGGCAUGCUCCUUUCUCUAAAUAUCCCCCAAUGAAGGUUUUGCUAAUGACCUUGCAAAAUGCACCCCCUGGUUUUGAUUAUGAGAGGGACAAUAAGUUUUCCAAGUCUUUUAAGCAGAUGACUGCAAGUUGUCUGGUCAAAGAUCCUUCAAAGCGCCCUUCUGCAAAGAAGCUUUUGAAGCAUUAUUUUUUCAAACAAGCCAGAUCAAAUGAUUUUAUAGUACGUAAGCUUCUAGAAGGCCUCCCAACAAUUGGUGAUCGUCUUCAAGCACUAAAGCAAAAGGAGGAAGAUAUGCUUGCUCAAAAGGAAAUUCCAGAUGGGCAGAAAGAAGAAAUGUCACAGAACGAAUACAAAAGAGGGAUCAGUGGAUGGAACUUUGACCUUGAAGAUGUCAAGGCACAAGCUUCCUUGCUCCAAGAUGAGGACUCUGUAGCUGAGAAAUAUCAGUUGGGAAGCAUGAAUUCCUUCCCCGGGACAGGUCUUAAUGAAAGAAAGCUUCAGCAUCAGUUGUCAUCCUUGAGUGAAGCUUCAGAAAGUGCAGAAAUUGAUCCAUCUGCGCUGGCUCCUUUAUCCAUAAAAUGCGAGAAAUCUGAAGAUGAGUUAAGCGUUGGUUCUAACAGCGGACAAAUGGUUUCAGCAAAUUCUUCUCCUCGUGCUGAUAAUUCCAGUGAGUUCGAUCGCAUUCCUUCUCAUUCUCACCAGAGGGCAGCUUCAUGGGAUAGUGAGAAGCUGCAAGGUCAGUUCUCUAGAGUCCCUAGUUGCAAUGGAGCAGCAAGUGGUGAUGAACAUGAUGACAAAGCAAAAGGUCAUCGUGUCCAACAAAGAGGCCGUUUUAAGGUUACUUCCGAGAGUAUCGACUUUGACAAGGCAGCAGCAGCCCCACCCCCCAUAAUGCAGAAGAGUCAUAGCAUGCAGAUAAUACCCCAAAAUCCCAUUGGUCACCAGAACAAUCUUCCUAUGCCUGCCCUGCAGUUUAUUUUGCAGACAACUACUCUUCAAAGGGAUUGCAUAUUGAGUCUAAUGAAGGCAAACUCCCCUGCCGAUUCUAACUUAAAUAUAGAUGGAGGAUGCCCAUCUGCAAACUUACCCAUACUAGAUAAACCCAUGCUGGAUGCAAGCAGCAAUAGGGAAAAGGAUUUACUUAAUGAAAUAACUUAUUUACAAUGGAGGCUCGCAUGUGCACAAGAGGAGCUCCAGAAAUGCCGAAUUGAGAAUCCCCAGGUCUGAAUUUUAUUAUACCUUAAAGUCAAAACCGGAAGAUGUUACCCCAAAGAUCGUUGGCGGAAUAAAAAUGUCAAGUUUAGGUGCAUAUAUAUAUAUAUAUAUAUAUAUAUAUAUAUAUAUAUAUAUAUAUAUAUAUAUAUAUAUAUAUAUAUAUAUCUUUAGUAUUAUGUUGUUGAGGGUUUGAGAGAUAAUGUUCUCCCAUCCCCCUUCUUAAAUUUUAUUCCUAAUUUAUCACUGGUAAAACUUCAUUUCACUUUGUUCAACCAAUUUGUGCAUAAAUUAACUCGCACUAUUUGCUCUAUAUUGAUAAAAAAAAAAAAAAAAACAAACAUUUAUAUUAAUCAUUAUACACAUACCGAGUGUUCUGAUAAACACUAAUAGGGGGAUUCAAUUGUUGAACUCUGAUAGAAAUCAAGAACUGAGUUGAAGAAAUCUGGUUGCCAUA